AUGGAAGUGUGUCCUUACUGUAAAAAGCCAUUUAAACGAUUAAAAUCCCACUUACCAUACUGUAAGAUGAAAGGAUCAACUGUACCGGCUGAUCAGAAAGCUUGUCAGUCCAAGCUCGCUACACGCCCACACACUAAAAAAAUGAAAGGGCCAAUCACAGACUUAAAUAACACUAAAGAGAGAGAGUUGGAGACGGAGAGUAAGAAGAGAGAUACCAACUUGGUAAAAGACAAACCAGAACAGGCAACAAAGUCUUUUCCACUAUUGGCUGUUGGUUUGGAAAGAGCAAGUAGUACAAAGGCAGAUAAAGACAUCCAGAAUCAAGUUCAGUGCUCCAUCAAAAAGUUGAAAAAUACUGAACCAAAGAUUACUUUCCAGGGAGAAACGAAGGCUCAGUGUUAUGCAUCAGAGGACACCACUCCUGAAAGAGAACUUGUCAGAUAUUUGCCUCCAUCAGGGGAAAGUAGAAGUAACCUUUCAGAAACUGAAACAUCUUUACCUCUUGGCCCAGUAGAACCUUUUUCAUCAAAUCAAGAUAGAAAAUACUCUUCAGCUUUACCCAGUGAUGUUCAGACCACUUCUACUGAUUUAAGAUUGGACGAAAUUGAUCACCCAAGACAGAAGCUUCCAGUAAAUUUACCAGAUAAGCCUAUUGGUGAUUAUCACAGUUCUCCCAUGAAUCUCAAUUAUGGGGUUGAAAGAGUACAAACAUCAUUGUCAAGCAAUGAGAGACAGUCUGAGGCCAGGGACCACCUCUCAGAAAUCUCUUCUCAUGUUAGAGACUCUGAGACUCAAGAAAACAUGGAAUCACAAUUGUUAAAUUUUAAAGUUAGCGCAGUCGACAUCCCAGUCAGGGAGAACCAAGGAAAAGGACUGAACCUUGGAACAGAGGCACACGGGAGCAGAGGAAAUGCAGAGAAAAGCAUAUCUGUAAAAGCAAUCCCAGAAUGGGCUUCUGUGAACGGUGACGCAAAGAACAUCAGGAGUAAUGAUUCAGCCACAGAGAAGAAAGGUCCAGAUGAAGGUCCCAGUUUAAGUUUGUUCACUCCAAGAGAGACAGCCUGCAGUGGGCCGUUUCCUGUGUCACAGUCGUAUAAUGAAAGCCUUGCCUCUCUGGCUGUCAGAUUUUUUCCAGAAGAGAAAGCAGAAACCUGCAGCCCUAACCGAGUCCCUGUUGUGAAGGUGUUAACAGAGAGUGAAGGAGCCUCGCUGCAACACAAAUCUGGCUGUGGGCCCCAAGUGUCACACCCUGGGUGCCAACAGACCUUUCAUUCAAUCCUGCCUCGCGCCUCUUACAGCCCCUUCAGUCAGACUGGCAUUGCUGACAGGCAGACCCUUCCAAGCUCUCUGGGGCUGGAGUGGUUUCCAGAGCUCUAUCCUGGUUAUCUUGGACUAGGAGUAUUGCCAGGGAAGCCCCAGUAUUGGAAUGCAAUGACCCAAAAGGCUCAGCUCACCAGUCCCCAGGGGGAGAGACUCUCAAAAGUUCCUUUGUUGGAAAGAAGCUCGACUGCUCUCAGGAGUUUGGAACCCCCGACCAGACUUACAACCUCCAACUUGUCUCUGAUGAGGCUCUUGGGAGCUGUCCAGAAAGGCUGGAUCAGGUGCAGCACCACGGUGAGAAGCGGAGUUGGGGGCAUCACCAUGCUCUUUACGGGGUACUUCGUCCUGUGGUGCGGCUGGAGUUUCAGGCAUCUGAAGCUGCAGCGCUGGCGUAAGUGA